GUGCCAUAUUGUAUUGAAUUUCAAUGUUUUGUAUGUCAUGUGUUUGCGAGUGUGGUGAAGCAGAGAGGGUCACGAGAUGCAGUGCCGUUCGCGUAAUUUAAUUAAAGUUUAACGAGAAUAAUAUGCUGCGAUGGCUGUGCGGUGGCAAAAAGAGUGGAUCCCUCUCGUCUCGCAGCAGAUGAGAGUACGCAACCUGACUCAAAUUUUGGCCUACAACCUGCACGCGGAGCCCAGUCCUGAGAGAGCUAUUUUUUUCUACACCCUUCAUUUGACGAGUAAAAGCGCACCCUUUUACACGAGCGACCAGUCGACAGGGCCGAACCCCAGGUGGAUUGAAAUCGACUUCAAGGGCAAGGCAGGGCUCUCCAGCACCAGUUUCGUCAUCCGUAUCUGGCAGGUCGGCUCGCCAAAUAGGCUCGUCACAACAUGGGGUGUUUGUCUCUCCGGCCUGCAGCUGGCACCUCUGGACCAAGAUUUGAGCAAGGUUUCCAGCUCCAGGAACCUAGUUUUCUUCAUACACGGCUUCCGGUUUGUUCCUCCCUCGAAGGAGCAGGUGCUAAUGCGGCUAGCGUCCGCGGCGGUCGGCACAAACGAUGCGAAAUUGUCCUAUCCCGUAAACCAGUUACGAAGGCUGAAGACUUAUCAGAUGCAGCAAAUGAGGGCGUCGACGACGUGUGAGAGUCUGCGGCAGGAGAUCCAGAGGAUCGGCCCGUUUCCUCCGUCUGCGUGUCCGAUGGUGGCUGCUGGCAAUAAACACCAAUAUCAGAAGGUCGAGCAACUGUGUGAGAGUGUGAGGAUGAGACUGAAACUGCUGAAGGAGGAGAAGGCGAGACGGGAAGUCAAAAUCCAAGAACUGAGGAAAACUGCUGACAGCCUUGCUGCUGCUACAGAAUUACGAAGUGCUCUUUUAGAUAAAAAGUACGAGUCUCUUCAGGAGAGCACAGCAUUGAAAGACUCGAAAACAUUGCUACUGCAAACCAAGGAGGCGACGACUCUCACCUGGUCUCAGCUGAUGAAGCGGAGACAGGAGCUGAUAUCACAACUGAAGUACAUUUACCCCAUUUCAAUCGAUCCAGAAGGACUUGCUAAAAUUUGUGGAGUGAAGCUUCUUCGGUCUGACGAACUGAACAAUCAAGACGAAGCGUCUUCUUCGGUGGCUCUCGGCUUUGCUGCUCACGCGACUGUGAUGGUCGCCAAAUUCUUGGACGUGCCUCUCCGAUAUCCUAUCCAGCCUGCAGGCUCUCGUGCCAAAAUCUGGGACGUGGUCGCCUCCAAACUGCCUGACUCUGAAAGAGACUCCUUGUUCAGAUUUCCUCUCUUCCUGAAAGGACGGGAUUCGAUCCAAUUUUACUACGCAGUUUACCUGCUCAACAAAAACAUCGCCCAGUUGAAAUUCUACACCGGCUUUACAAUUAGAGACUUGAGAACCACCCUACACAAUCUUCGCGAACUGCUCUACAUGAAGCCAGCAAUACCAUCUUACAUGAAGAACUCGCACUCCUCCUCCAGUAUUGAGACCGUGAUUUCGGGGCCAAGUCAAAAUAGCACGACUGCUGAAGAAGAGCGGCCGCCGCCUGUCACGAAAUCGCGCCUGGCUGUCGAGGAACCUGUCAAGAGUGCAAGCUCUCUUGACAGUGUCGACGCUUGCUUCUUGGAGCCGCCAUCUGUUAAACCAGUAGAAAAGGAGCCGGCAGUGAGUGGCUCAUUAGACAAAGGCCUUGACUACAUAAAAGAAGCGACGAAGAGUACCGUAGUUAGCCUGCAGUACAAAUCGGCCAACAACUCGGACCCAAACCUGAGAGAAAAGCGCAGCCCGCAGGUAGUGAGUAGCACCGAAAUUCCAAGUGAUUCCGCGCCGGUCAAACUGAGAACUCAGAGUGAAUGCGUCGACCCCAACGGCGAUGUUCCUAAAGAGAAUCUUCCGACCUACAACUCGUUAGACAAUCUGUUCGUCAGCGUGGCCAGCCGAACAGAAGCCCUUGCCAGCAAGUCCGGCAGUUUCAACCUGGUUAAGUCGAGACCAAUUGACAAGUCUUGAUAUGUUGUUAUCAUUCUGUUUACUGCCUGUGAUCACUGUUAAUUUGUGAUUUAAUUUGUACCGUGAAACAAGCAAUUUUAGGUAAUGGAAUUAAUAAUACACACGCGUGUGAACGUGGAUCAUUAUAUGUGGUCUAUUUAUUAGCUACUCUAAUGAGACAGCGUAUUAUCAGUACCUAAUAAAGAAUGUACCGUCUGAACUUACA